AUGGGGGCUCGGGCUCCAUUCGUGGAUGGUGACUCCAGAGAUGCUGGCGCAGCAGAUGAAGGUACGCCGUCCUCUUUCCGCUUUGAUGCAAAUUUCAUGCCAACCGCUUUGAACCCCGUGCAGGCACUGUACGCUUCGAUCAUCAACUACAACAUCGCAAAUAAUGUCGUCAAGAUGUCUUUCACUCUCCAAUAUCGACGGAUUUUUGGCAGCAGCAGCCCGACCGCCGACCAAGUGUGCCGCUGGUUCUUCUUUUUCCUUAUGGUAUGGGCUGUCGUGCAGGCCAUCUUGCUAGGGCUCUCCUGCGUCCCGCUCGCUGUCAUCGUGCCCAGCAUGGCCGGAAAGUGCCUCGACACAGUGCCAGUGUGGUACGCCUCGCAGAGCUUGAACGUCUUCACCGACUUUCUCAUUUUUUCCGUCCCGCUGCCUUACGUCUACAAAUUGACAAUGCCCACCAAGGAGAAAUUCCUUGUCCUUGGCAUCUUCUCCCUCGGCUUCUUUACCUGGACUAUUUCCGUCAUUCGACUAUCUUACCUCGGCGCCGUUCCCGUAGCCCGCGACCCGACAUGGGACAACGUAGAGUUGACCCUCUGGUCCGUGACCGAGCUCAACUGCGGCAUACUCUGCGCCUGUCUCCAGACCCUGCGCCCGCUCUUGUCCAAGUUCAAAAUAUGCUCGUCACAUCUCGGUUACGAUAACCGCCGCUGCGUGCGCCGACCGCUAAGCGACGGAGUGUUUCUGGAGACUGCCCCUCUCACGCGUCGCAUUUCACAUGAAUCGGAUAACGAAGAUCGCCAUGACCAGGAAUUUGGCUAA